AUCUCUCCUCCCCUCACACACCCAGCGGGCGGGAAGGCGUUAGCCAGGCAGCGCCUUACGCAGCCACCGACUAGUGAAGCCCUAACCUCGGACCGCGGCACUGCCUUAGGCUGGUCCCCACUGAGUUGGAAAAGUAGAACGAACGGAAGAUUGGCAACUUUAGCCUCGGAGACACCUAUUUUCGCAUCUUUAGUAAACAUGGCGGCAGCAGGGGCCUCGUCUAAUCCCGGCGGGGGACCAGAGAUGGUGCGAGGGCAGGCUUUUGACGUGGGACCGCGAUACACCAACCUGUCCUAUAUUGGAGAGGGCGCUUAUGGCAUGGUGUGCUCUGCUUAUGACAAUGUCAACAAAGUACGUGUUGCUAUCAAGAAAAUCAGCCCCUUUGAGCACCAGACGUACUGCCAGAGGACAUUGAGGGAGAUCAAAAUCUUACUACGUUUUAAACAUGAAAAUAUUAUUGGAAUCAAUGAUAUUAUCAGAGCUCCAACUAUCGAGCAAAUGAAAGAUGUAUCUGUGAUUUUGGAUUGGCCCGCGUUGCAGAUCCAGACCAUGAUCACACUGGCUUUCUCACAGAGUAUGUUGCUACUCGUUGGUACCGAGCGCCAGAGAUAAUGUUAAACUCCAAGGGUUAUACCAAAUCAAUUGAUAUUUGGUCUGUUGGCUGCAUUCUAGCCGAGAUGCUCUCAAACAGGCCUAUAUUUCCUGGGAAGCAUUACCUUGAUCAACUUAAUCAUAUACUUGGUAUUCUUGGAUCACCUUCUCAAGAGGAUCUGAACUGUAUAAUCAAUUUGAAAGCUAGAAAUUACUUGCUUUCUCUCCCACACAAAAAUAAGGUGCCAUGGAACAGACUUUUCCCAAAUGCAGAUCCUAAGGCUCUUGAUUUGUUGGACAAAAUGUUGACCUUCAAUCCUCACAAACGAAUUGAAGUAGAGGCAGCUUUAGCCCAUCCAUAUCUGGAACAGUAUUAUGAUCCAAGUGAUGAGCCUGUAGCUGAAGCACCAUUUAAAUUUGAAAUGGAGCUAGAUGAUUUGCCCAAGGAGACACUGAAGGAGCUAAUUUUUGAAGAAACUGCACGAUUUCAGCCAGGGUACUGACCAUAAUCCGAUCACAGGGAAAGGUGUUGGAAGACUUCGCACGCUCAGACAUCAGUGUUCUUCUUGCCAGUUCUUCCUCCUUGGCCAUGUCCUGUGACCCAUCUCAGCUUGUCCAGUCUAACUCCUUUGAGCCAUUAAGGAGGGCGGUUCCUGGUAGUUGUGGCUUUUUUAUGCUUCUGAUGAGUUAUUUCAGUCUGGAGAAUUGUUCUUAACACUCCUUCGUAAAGCCCUGUUGCAGCGCGGUGCGGCAACCUCACCUGCUGAUACCUUCAUUAACUGCUUGUACAUUUGUUUUGUUUUUGUUUUUUUAAUAUAAGGAUGCAUUGGUUUCUUUCCCUUUAUCUGGGUAAACAGCAACCUGAGUUUCUUGGGCUUUUCAUAUAAAAUAUCUAACCACAUGUAAAAACUGUGGUGAAUGGCUUUUUUUUUUUUUUUUUUUGGGAGAGAUGUUUCUCUGGGCACUUUAAAUCAAUGGAAAAACCCAUUUACUUGCACAUAUCAUUUUAAACUGUUGCAAUGGAAGCAUUGAAAUUCUAAUGAAGAUUAUCAAAUUCCGGUUACUGGCUUUCUCUAGCACUUAGAGCUGUGCAAGCAACUUUAAUCAUUUUUGUACAUGACUGUAAAUUUCAAAAUGCAUCCCUGUCUAGUGAUAUCCAUACAUACACCAUACAAGUCAUAACACAUUUGUACAAUAUAAAGCUGCUGCAAUUUAACACCCCCACAAAAAUUAAACCUGGGGCAUUUGUGCCAUUAACUGGCUUUUUUGGCCUAUGCGUUUCACUUAUUGAGGAACUUUAGGCAGACAUUUCUUAAAGUGGAACUAUAUACAGCAAGUGAAACCAAAUAACCAAAUGUUCUAGAAUUCUAUUUUUGUCCCGUUCCCUUUUCCACUUUUUUUUUUUUUUUUUUUUUUGCCCUCUCACUAUUGUUUGGUCGGCUUUCAGAACAUUUUGAGUAUGUUGGUUCAUUGAACAGCUUGGCUAGUUUUUUUGUUCAAUUAAGCAUUUAGCUGUGUAUUUCUUUAAUUCUCCUACUGGAUAAGUUUUUAUUUUUUUUAUUAACAAACCUAGUUUAAUUUUCACAGACCUAUUACUGCUUUUUUGGAUUUGAGACCUUCAGUUCUGUACGGUUUAAGAAAAGGUUUUUGCAUCCAUGUUGGGGCAACAAAUCAAGCUAGCGCUAAUCCUAUAUUUUUAACUGUAAAUCUUUAUUUGCAAGUAUUUUGUUCUUGGGAUAGUAUAAUGUGGAGUUUACUAGACAUGUAUAUACCAGUGCAGUGCCUCCUCCUUUGUCUCCUCACUGCUCUUUGGUGAAAGAUUUGCCUUCUUUAAAAUUGCCGUGCCCUUGCAUGACUGUUAAGCUUUUUUCUGUGCAAAGAUGAAUCUCUUAAGUGCCACACACAUAAUUAUCAAAUUUGUUACCUCUAAAUUGUAUUGAUUUGAAAUGUUCUCCUCUAGCCUACUUAUAGAUAAACAGUUCUAUUUUAAAUUUUGCUAUCUCCUUUCUUUUCACUGAUUCUGGCAGCAACUACUUUGUUUAAAAAAAAAAAAAAACUGCCUAGAAAUUCACAAAAAUGCAUUUGUAAUUUAUGAAAAUAAAUUGAAAUCUCGUUCAUAAUUUUCCCCCAGUUUUUUUUUAAUCUGCUUGUGAAAACAGUUGAGAUUUUUAUUGCAAAUAAUUUGUAUUGUGACUGAUUUAUAUAGUGAUUGUUUGAUACAAUGAUGUGAGUUGGAGCUGAUGCUCAAGAAAUAGAUGUCAAAUUACAACUUUUACAAUACACCAGGAAGUGUAGCACUUAGCCAUACACAUUUCUAUAUUGUGUGAGAGAGAGGCACUCCUUUUUGGUGAGGACAAUUUAGAUUAUAAUCUAACUGCUCUUGUUAAAAACAAAUCUUUAAUGUUGGAUGCAAAUUGUUUACUAAACUUUGCUGCCAGGCUACAUUGAAAUGUUUUGCACACAUCUCCAUUACAUAGCCAAAGGAAUUACACAUGGCAUUGUCCUUAAAUUGUAGAUUUUCUCAAGUAUGGCAUUUGAAUUCACUUAGAGCAGUUUUAUUACGUUUUGCAGUUCUACAUGCAUGACAAAGCAUUGUGCUUGAGAAAUAUUGCCAAGUAAACACCUAACUAAACUUCUAAAAAGAAAAUUCCUUAAACGGGACAAGGAAAAUAUACAUCUAUGCACUAUAUCUUAUUGCUCAUUUUUAAUUUUCCAUGUUUCUCCUAUAUCGCCAUUCUAUAUUAGGCAUCAGGGAAAGCAGAAGCCAUAUUCUGAAAAGGAGUCAUAUAUAUAUAUUUUAUUUUUUGUGCAUUCCCUAUGAUAUGCUUUACUCCACAUACAGAGUACCUGGUGAAAUAGCAAAACUAUUAACACUGAUGGUCAGUAUUUUUAUAGAUAAUGGCCUCAGCUGGCAAUUGAUGUAUCCUGUUUUGCAACCAGGCUUAUCAGAAAUUAAUGUUCUCAUAAGAUCUUUCAGCAGUGUCCGUUACUGUCAGGCAUUAUAAAUUUUUCCCGCUUUUGACGUAAUUUAUUUUAAUUUUAAAGCAGGAAAACCUAUUCCAUUCCAGCUAAAGGAUUCCAGUGUUCAUGUGAGGUUUUACGGGAGCAUGUGAAUAGCCAAAAAUGCCUGCUGUGUGUUUCCCCCCCCCCCCCCCUUCUCCUUAAUAUUAAUACCCAUAUUGGAGGUGUCACUACUAACUGCACUUCACCAACUGCCUUCAGGUCUACACUGUUCACAAGCAAAAACAAACCUGAGAUUUACUCAUUUUAACCAGUUAACCUUGCUGUGGUUGCUAUUGAUUAGUGCUGGGUAUCAUGAACAGGCGCAUUUGUAAAAGGUGGAUAAUAUCUUGCACACUACUUUAAAUGUUCAGCUUUCUCAAAUCAUUAAGUGGAGAUGCAACCAAUGGUCAAAACUGGUGAUUUAUUUUCUUAUCAUUACAUUUUGUGUUGUCCAUAUAAUGCACUCUUAACAGAUUACUAAAAGAGCUUUGUACUUGCUUUGUACUGUUGGUGCCUUUUUAGUCUUGUAUUCAAAAAUGUGUGUAGCUGAUUAAGUAGGUUGUCAAGAUUGAUGUUUCACUGCUGGAAAGGGCCUGUAGUUCAGUGCUAGAUGUAUAUAGCCCAGAUGCAGAACCAUCUAGCAGUGAAUGGUUUUCAAAAGAUAUAUAUUGAAAUAUUUUAUAACAAUUCAUGUAUGUUCCUUUAAACUGUAUUGUAACAGCUAAACUUGUAUUUUAUUGUGAAAGGUAUGUAAUCUGGAUAAUUGAUUAAGACAAAAUUGUAAGAGAUUUAUAAUUUUUGUUAAUUCUAUUGAUGUAUUUAACUUUUUCCUCAAUUGGUUGAAUGUUCUAUAUUUCUGGCUUAAACUUGUUAAAACAUUGUAAGACAAAACAAAAAGCGGAUUAAAUAAUUAAAUUGUAUUCCUGUAUUACCAACAAUGUAUUUUUAUGUACAAAAUUUUAUUUUUUUCCCCCCACAAAUUUAACUGGGAAGCAAAUAUCUCACUGUAUUGCAGUUUCACAUCCAGUUAGGGAAACAAAGGUAAGGGGUGUGCAAAUUUUAUGUAUUUACACAGAUAUUUUAGAGCUGAACGCCACAGUUGCCAUUUAUUGCAUUUUGUUUCGCUAAUGAAUACUGAAUGCUGUAUAAUUGUGCAUUCCUAGUAACUAAUGCUUAUUGGUUGACCAAAAUAUAUAAAUGGUAUGUAAAAACAGUUUAUUUGGAUCUAGGGAUGCUCAUUUGGUCAUUUUAUCUGCUGCCAAAUGCAAAGAAGGCGGCUGCUCAUGGCAUUUGGCUCUUUUUGGAGCAGGAAUUCUUUUUGUGAAAGUGCAAUGCACAUCUCUUUCUAGAACAGUAGUUUCAAACAUUUGUUGCAUAGUUUCUGGAGACUCCUUUGUUCUUUUCCUCAUAUUCCUUACUCGUUAGCAAGGAUAUUGCAUGUGUGAUACAAUGAUAAACUGAAAGCAUCGAACAAAGAAAAAGAUUUGAAUCAAUUUAAAAUGUAUAGUUUCUCUAUUUUGUACAAAACGGGUUAAUUUUGAAAAGAGGAUUCAAAUAUCUGAGGUGCACAUUUUAGAUUUCUUGCUUUAUAUUUCACGGUAUAUGAUAAAACAUUUGCACUUCUUGAUAAUACGUUCUGAAUUCAGUUGGAGAGGUGGAGACUUGCAAAGCCAGUGGUCUUCAGUAAACACUACUCUUCCCACCUUUUUCAGAUCUAAUCUCUCCCGUUUUCAUGUUUGGAGUAAAAUGGAUUAGAACUGUUAAAAUCAUGUAAGUAGUCAUUAAUUGUACAUUUUUAAGAUAUUGUCAUGCAUUAAAUGUCACUUUUUAUGUAUAGAACCUAUAAGUGUGAAUAAAGACUAUUCUUGCAGUGAA